AGAAUCAGAAGUUGAUCGUAACCGAAUAGGGUGUUGGUCGUUGUAGGAUCAUCGCAUGAUUUAGGUGCGCCUUACUUUUCUUCCGGUAGAUAGGAUGCCAAUGGCCCAACCAUUUCGUUUCAUUCACAUCUAGCUGCUAAAGAAAGAAAACUCUAUCAAAGCUCUGGGACGACGUGUCACUGACGUGUACUCGCUGCUGACCGGUGCUGGAAAACGUGACCUGGUACGUAGCCGACCCAGAGGCAAAGGCAGAGGCAGAGGCAGGCUUGUGUAAGUUGUAACUGCACCCGCAGAAGCUGCCUGUGCGGCGUGACCAGGCUUUGGCUCCUUCCCCAACUGAAGUGCAUUUAAACCGAGCCAUUUGACCGACGGGCGCCGGAGCCCGAUCUUUGUUGGUACAGGAGCCUGAGGUGGCAGCGGCGGCGACAUGGGGAAGCUGGCGAAGCUGGUGGACGGCAUCAAGGAGAAGCUGGCCGGGAGCGGCGGCGGGAAGAGGAAGAAGCCCGCGUGCAGCAGCGCCUACGGCAAGCUGGACAAGACGGGGAGCAUGAGGGUGGAGAUCAGGAGCCGCCGCGCGCAGAAGCUCAUCGCCAAGAACCUCGCCGUCGCCGACUCCAUCGGGCGCAACCACCGAGGCGGCGCCGAGGACAAGAAGAAGAAAAGGGAGAAGCGGUUCUUCGCCUUCUGAUCAGAAAGUGGAAGCCGUGUCUCGAUCGUUCCCGGCCUUCCCCUUCCGAUGGAUCGUUCGUUCGAUUCCCUUGCGUUGAUCGAUCGAUCUUGUCGUGAAUAAUGUCUGUAUAAUCGGGAUCCGACCGUGUCAAGCGUCUCGAUCCGAAUGCGUGCAUGGUGCAUGCAAAUCCAGGUCGGGUUCCUUUUUGGGUAUUUGGGUAGAGAUCGAUAAAUAUGAGUGGAUUUGGGUAUUUGUAAAGAGAAAGAUCGAUCUUUUUUUUAGGAAGGAAGUUUAGAUAUUGAUUCCUUUGAA